GUUUGUUAGUUUUUAAGGUACAAGGUACAGUUCUCUCCAGUUGUUAACGUAAGUCGGUUGUGUUGAAUUGUGGAAAUAUUUUUCAUUUGGUGCUCAGUUAUAAAAUUACAGUCCGUUUUAUCGAAGAAUAAGUUUAUAAAACGUUGACACGAAAGGGAAGCGAAACAACUGCAGCAGGCAAGUACUCUCAACCUCCAUAAACUGUGUUUGCUUCGGUCUAUGUACCUAACUGAAACGAUCAACAUGUCAUCGUGUCAAUCCAGCCUUUCAACCUGUGCGCCCUUAGAAGAAUGCUGGUGCAGUACAGUUCAAUUUCAUGAAACGGAGUAUACUUGGAAAAUAGAUGAUUUUAAUGUUCAGCUGCAAAAAGGUGAAAUUAUUAAAUCUCCCUUAUUUUAUGCUGCUUCAAAUGAUAAUUUUAAAUGGUAUUUAGCACUUUAUCCUGAACGCAAGAAUCGUAACAAAGAUACUAUUGGUUUAUUUUUAUUUCUGAGCAGUACUAGUACUCGCAAAAGAGCAUUUGCAAAAUAUGAGGUUUCAAUUUUAAUUAACGAUAGUCGCCUACAGAAUAAUUUUACCAAGGAUUCUGCGUUUUACGAAUUCAACAACGACUCGGCGAAAUCUGCAAAUGGAGAUGGUCGAGGCUGGGCUAAUUUUCUCAAUAAAGAUGAAACUUCCGAGAAUGAAUUUUUACAAAAUGACUCGUUAACGAUUUCAUUCCAGUUGGCGUUCUUUGAAAUUGACUUUGAAAGUAUACGAGAUAUUUUUCGUCGAUGUAGUAGCGCUACUGCUCAUUUCAAUCAUCUUUCAAAAAAUUUUGUAUCGUCGUUUGAGAAUCAUGAUUUCACAGAUUUCACCAUUUCAGUGCAAGGCAAAGAUUAUCCAGUUCAUAAGAUUAUUUUAGCUUCUGCUAGCGAUUACUUCGCUAAAAUGUUCAAAACUGGUAUGAAAGAGAGUGCAGAAAAUCGUGUAGAAAUUACUGACGUAGAUGAGGCUGUGAUGGGUGAAGUAUUGAGAUUCGUUUACUCAGGUAAAUGCGAAAACACGAGUACGGAUAAUUUAGCCUACGACUUAAUAGCUGCUGCUGACAAGUAUGAUUUAGAUCAUCUGAAAAAAAUUUGCGAAGAUUCAGUUUGUAAAUCUCUAUCAGUAGAUAAUGCGUUGAAUAUUUUGUUAUUGGCUGAUCGGUAUAAUGCGAAUAAAUUGAAAUCAAAGGCGAUUGACUUCAUCAUUGAUAAAUAUCCAGCAAUCAUGAAUUCGACGACUUGGGACGAGAUUACGUUGAAGCAUCCUAAAUUAGUGGGUGAAAUGUUUAAGCUAUCUUGUUCUCGUUUGUUCAAGAAUAGGUCUACUUCCGGUUAGAUAUAGGUAACUGAUACCUGUACCUGCUGGCUGCUUCUGUUCAGUGUCAGUUCCGAUUAGGUUAAUACUUACUUACUUAUUUUUAGUUUUUUUUUAUAGCUGUUUUAAAUACCUAAUCUAAGCAUUAUUUUUUACAUUUAUUCCUUGAUUUUUUAUUUUUUAUUUAUAUUUAUUUAUUUACAUAGGUACCUGUAAUAUUGCAUUCCGUAGACUUAAAAUUCAGUUUCAAUUCAAGUUUUUUUUUAAUUUUUGUAUAUUUUGUACCCAUUUAUAACUUUUUCUUAUCAGAAGGAUUUUAUCCUCCCAUUUGAAUGUCGAACAUUGGAUUAAGUAUGAAUUCAUCAUUAAUUUCGAAUUCAUUUCACUUUCAUUAGCUAUGGUACUUUUACUUUCAAUUUCAUAUUAUUGUUUAUAAAAAAUAAGUUACAGUUUGUUUUUAAAUGUACUUACCUUCGUUUUCAAGUAAAUAUUUUACUAUCGA